AUGCAUCGUACAACUAGAUCCCGCGCUAAAUUGUUAGAAAAAUUCGAAAGCGCUUCGGAGCACGUGUUGUCGCGAGAGUGUCACAAACAACCAGAAUCGCGUAAAAUAUCUAAGUCGGACAAUGUGAAAAGUGAGUCUAAUGUGUCAAUAUCGUCAUCGUCUCUACUGAGGCGAAAACAGUUGGAACUAGCGGCAGCCGAAGAAAGGGCUAAAAUAGCCAUGGAACUAAUCGACAAGAGGCUCGAAUGUGACUUAGCCUUGGUCGAGAGUUCCUCCAGAUGUAGUGAACCUGCUAGCAUCGACGGGAGUCAAUGCAACGUUGAGAGUUGGCUGGAACGUACUGAACAGCCGUCACCAGUGGCGGCAGCAACGGCAGCGGAGGUGGCGCCGGCACCUAGCGCAAACGCAUGCGCACCUAGUCGGGCUACUGCUCCAGACGCCGGAGGAAUUAUUCAGCUCGCUCACACGUUGAAAGACAUCAUGAUCUCGUCACAACAACAUCAAGACGAACGACUACUCUCACGCCUAUGUACCCCACGAGAAUUACCGACAUUCAGCGGUGAAUGUAACGAAUGGCUACACUUCAAAAGCUCCUAUGAGGAAUCUACACAGGUAUGCCAUUUUAGCGACUCCGAGAACUUAUGGCGACUACGCAGAGCGCUCCGAGGCGAGGCUAAGGAAGCCGUCACCGACUUGCUAAUCGGCGGCACCUCGCCAGCUAUUGUAAUGGAGGCGCUAGAGCUCAGAUUUGGACACCCAGACUUAAUCGUCCAACAGCUCACUGCACAAAUGAGAAAAUUAUCGCCACUCUCGAAUAAUUAUCACAAUGAUAUUAUUAACUUUUCCAUGAAAGUUAAUAACUGUGUUGCGACGCUGAAUACACUCAAUCAGCACGAUUAUCUACGCAGUCCUGAAUUACUGACGUCAAUCGUCACCAAGCUGCCGAGUGUUUUAAUAAGUAAGUGGUCGGACUACGCUUACGACAAGCUAGCUAGCAGCGUACCAAAACUGCAGCUACUGGCCACAUUUCUAAAACGAGAAGCUACUGUGGCCUCGACAGUCGGAGUUACUCACCUGCGAGACAACCGGAAACCCGACCCGGCGCCACACGGACGAGCAAAGCCGGACGAGAAACAGAGGCAGCCUAUGUACUACAAUCGCCCUGUACUCGCGACAGCAACGAAGACCUUUCGACCGACGGCAUCGAAAAAUUGCCCGUUCUGCUCAAAAUCUGCGCAUCUACUUGCCGAAUGCCGAUUUUUCAAUAGAGCAAUGCGAAAGGACAGAUGGAAUUUUGUGAAAGCAAAAAACCUUUGUUUUUGCUGCCUGCAGAAGCGACACGAAAUGACCGCAUGUCCCGCACCUCUGUGCGACAUCGAUAACUGCGGACUGUCGCAUCAUCGACUUCUACACUUCAAGAAGCCCCCAGUCAACAAGGAGGCUACAGCGAGCACGGCAACCUACGAGCCGCAGACGGCCGACGGCGAGUCGUCAUCGUCAGCGUGCAACGAGACCGUGGCGCACCAGCUGGCCGCCGCUCGGCGCGAGUCGAGCGACCCCGCGAGCCCGGCCGCCGACUUCGCCGACGCCGGUCCCCAAGUAAAUAGUGAAGUGCUACUAAAAGUUGUGAAAGUCAAUCUCAGUGGCCCAAAGGGCACGGAGAGUGCAUUCGCGUUACUAGACGACGGUGCAUCCAUAUCCAUAAUCGAUAAGGACUUGGUGAGUGAUUUAGGUCUUAUAACUUGUCAGUCUAGCCCCAUAAAAUUUAUUGAUGCCUUUGGAAUUGAAAUAUAUCAAUCUGAUGUACCUAAAGUGUCCGCUACUAUAGCUGGAGCUUUCGAAACUAAAAGUUUUGAUGUAACUCUACGUGUUGUUAACAAAUUAAAUUUGCCUAAACAAAAUUUGUCUUCUGUUAAAAAUGUAAAAUGCAAUAAUUUGUUAAAAAUUAAGGACAAAGUUUGUAACGAAUGUGUAGUGCCUCGUCUACUCAUAGGUCAGGAUAACUACUCUCUUAUCGCCCCUCUUGAGAUUCUGCACGGUAACAAGCAGGAACCAUAUGCCACGAGAUGCCUCCUAGGCUGGUCCAUUCAUGGCCGCAUCUGUCUCGCUCACACUCCCGUGAACGGCCACACCUCUCAUCUCGCUCACUCAGAGGAACACGAUAGGAACAUUACAGAAUUAAAUAAUUUAAUUAAACAAUCAUUCGAACUAGACUCGAUAGGAGUAUUGACCUUACGUCGCGAAAAUACGGCACACUUAAGAGCACUACCUGAAGGUCAAUGGCCCAAGGACCGUAGGUUUAAACAGAUGUUAGAUGACGCGAAAUGUGAGGAACGAGUUGUACAUUUGGUAGCAGUAGAUAAUAGACAUCCCUUUGGUUACACUGGCACCGGAGUAGAUUUUUUUGGACCACUCGAGGUCACUGUAGGUCGAACGAGACAGAAACGUAACUGCUGGCGUCAUGGGGUUGCAGUUGUAAGCACGACCCACGCGGGCCGCGACGGACGAGUCCGCAUUGUUGACGUGCGCACACGCACCGGUGUGCUGCGCAGACCAGUGACGCGCGUCGCCUUACUGGCACCACAGGAUAAUAGUGCCAACUAG